AUGGCUUGUAAUUGCCUUUGUCGUCCCUUCCUCUCAAACCUAUUGAAGUCAAUGCUUCUAUUACUUCAACUGUUGGAUUUUGACCCUGAAGUAUCAGCCGCUAGAAAUAAACGAAAAGAAGCAUUAUUUUACAGCAUAGAGUCAGCAUCACAUGUGGGUAACAUAACCAAGGUAGAGAAGACAAAAAGUGGACUGGAUUGUGCCUUCUUGUGUUUGCAAAUGCCUCAAGGAAGUUGCCUGUCAUUUAACUUUGGUCGGAUAGCCACCAACGGAUUACACAUUUGUGAGCUUAGCAAUUCUGAAGGAGCUCUUGAACCACACAAGCUGCUAAAUAGAACCAAUUUUGUCUAUUACGGCAUGAGAAUGUCUGUAAGUAUUAUUUUCAAGGGUAAGAGAUCAUUUUUUUUCCUUCAGUAUUAUCCGCGAAAUAUUUUCAUUUCGGUUCAAAAAAAGUAUUCACAAAAAUAUACUGACAAAAAUUUUCGAACUUGGCCAAGUUUCGUAGUUAAAAUGUAGGUUAAAGUUUGUUAUAGCCAGGAGCAAUAAUCGGGGUAGUAUAAUAAAGACCUCAAGUGCGGGGUUCCAUCGAAAUAGCCAAAUGUGCUAUUUUUAGAACAAACUGUGCCACCCUCAACGUCACAAACUCGAGCGGCUGACCUGCGAAUUCACACGGAUCUCGUGUGGGAUUUUAAGAGAUAGGUGAUCGUUUUGCGACUUUAUUUGAGUGUUCACUGAACUUUCCAAGUGCUUCAUAUCUCGAUAUACAAUGCAUGCCCGGUGGAAGAAUGAGCCAAUGUUAUAUAAACAUUAUUAGAAAUCCGUUUGUCGCAAAAAACCUUGCGAGGCUGUUAUGGGCCAGCAGUAAGAAUAAAGGGAAACAAGCCAAGGGGAAAAAACAUGAUUAAAAACAAAACAACGACAAAGCAAAACGAAAAAAAAGAUAAGUAUACAAAGAAAAAUUAAACAGCUCAGAGCUGAGAGUCGACCCUACACCAUCUGCACGAAAGGUGGAUUUGUAUUUAUUAUGAAUUCAAAGAUUUAUUUGAGGAAAAUUGUUUAUAAUGAUUUGUUGUUGUUGUUAACUUUCCGCCCUCCUUUUCCCCGCAAGCACUUUUGUUUGUUUAGUCCGAACGGGAUAUUCUUAGCACGACUGAUCUGCGAUAUCUCUUUGUCACUGGAUUUGUCAAUAACACUGUCAGUACGCUGUUUGAUAUAACAUAAGUAGAAUCACACUCCGCAGUCAUCACAUUUAGAGUUAUUGUCAAAGGGUUUCUCCUCAAGGUCUUGCCUCAAAUUCAGAGGAUGACAGAAAUGGAAUUUAUUCAUCUCCUACGGAAGAAACUUCCGACGCCAUUUUGUUUGUUUAACCUUUUCUCGUCGCCCUCGCAAAUAUUGCGCGCGCGUGUCACACGAGAUGGCACUUUUUUUUCCUAAAAAUAGUACAUUUGGCUAUUUUGAUGAAACCAACCCCACUACUGGAAAAGAUAUCCAGCUGCGGUCCCCUAUCCCGAUUAUGGCUCCUGGUUGUAGUUAAUGUGCACCAACUACUUUAUAAGCAUUCUACUGAAAUAAUUAGAAACAAAUAAUCCAGAUAGAACUUAACAGGAUAAAAUACCCCUGCCAACUAUCAGGAGGCCAGUUGUCUAAAUAAAAACGUUACAUAGCCAAUCAUAUUCCGGAAGACUGAAAAACAAAUCCAGCUUAAGUGGUCGGAACGGGAAUGGAACCCCGGACCGCCGGAUUGAAAGUCCGACGAACUCACCCGCACUCGGUUACGUUGCCUCUCAGAAGAGUUUGAUGACUCUUUUCCCCUUCUCAUUCAGUGAAGUAAGCUUCUCUUAAACGAAAGCAAACGCUGUCGCUUUUUUACGAUAAACAUGAGAAGUAAUAUAUAUUUCGGGCCGUUUUCUAAUUUUUAAGCAGAGACAGAAAGGCGAGUUCCAAAAACUAUUGUAGAUCUAUCAAAAGUGUAUUUUGUCACACCAGACAUGUCUUAUCUUGGGCCGAGUAACGCUGUUAAUUCUUAACGCUCAGUUACAAGCAUUAUUACCUUGUACUUACAGGAUCUUACCAGAUUUUUGCCCUGUCUGUCGUCGCCAUGUCGGAACGGUGGAUCGUGUGUUAACGGCCCAACCUUGGAGAUGUUCACGUGCAAUUGUUCUCUGGAAAUUAGAGUGCUACCUUACAUUGACCACAAAUGCAACGUCAGUAAGUUGCUACGUUUAAUUUUCUAUAGGUGACACAAAAAGGUUUCUCUAGUAUAAACCACGAAGAAAGGAAAACUUCUAAAUAAAUGUUAAGCAUCAGUUUUAAGGUCUCAGUCAGACCGUCACGGAAUUCUAAUGCCUGCACCCACACACAGAAAACGCGUGUACCCCAGGCUAGCAACGGAACAGAUUCCGGUUUGAAAUUCAGAAAGAGGAUUACUUGUAAGAUAGCGUUUCCUUGUAAUGAUCUCGACAAAUUUUGGUUAAAUUUUGUCGAAAAUGACCAUAUUUUCCCAGCAAAUGCCCGUAAGAAUUCUUGAUUCACCGACCAAAACGUUGGAAACCAGGAGCAAUGAGAAUUCCCUUCCUUAUCUUGAUUCACUUUUUCUCUGGACUUAAAGUUGCCACUCGUGAAUUAAUCUUGGGGCCUAUUUGCCGUCUGUGUGGACGAACAUUGUCUCACAAACUCUAUUCAAGAGUUCAUUAUUUUCUGAGUAAAAAUGCCACCAAGAUCCAAGAAUUUUUCAACCCUCAUCAUUUAAAUGUCUUUGAAUCAAUUAACUAGUAAUAAUUCUCAAAGAUAACUGAAUGGAGCAUUCUGAUAAGCAAAUUUCUGGUAAGGCUUUUAAAGUACCGACCACUAAUUAACCUAGCGACAAAAAUUAAGCUUUAAGAAGAUCAGAAAUUUCGAGAUUAUCUUUCGAAAACUAAAGCUGCCGAGAACAUUCGGAAAUGGGGCUAAGACUCCUCAGGCCUCUAAGACCAUGGAACACGAAUUCUCCCCGAGAAAAGUUUCCCGAAGUUUAUGCGUUUUCUGGUUUAUUCCAGACGAAUCUCACAUCGAGGUUGUAAAACAGCUACAUGUACAAGGCGUUAUGCAAGCACAAGUGGGCAAGCUUCAACUCAACUAUUUUGAGGCUAUGCGACUGUGUGAAAUACUCAACGGGUCUCUCGCCACUUUGGAUCAACUAACCGCUGCCUGGCAAGCUGGACUUCAGAUUUGUAGGUAAAGCAACUAAAGAGUAGUAAGUUAUGAGAACACUUGCAUUUCCCCUGGUAAAGCCUCAUGAUUGAGCGGCGGGAAUUAGACAUUUUUUUAGUACUGACUAGUAGAGAGAGUGAGCCUCAGAGAGUGCACCUUUUCUUCCACUGUUCCAUUUUUGUGUUUUUGAGAAAUGGCUUAUAUUUUCAACUGCGGAUAAUGAUCCUCGCAGUUCCAUAAACAACCUAAGCGGUUGAAAAAGAACCUGAAGAAAAUAUCAACUGCAAGGAUCAUUUCCACUUUCAUCAGUAUCUUUAUCCACUGGUCGUAAUAUGAGUCAUUUCAUACAUUUCCUUUCAUGUCAUUUCCACCAUCGGGUAUACUAGCUACCAACUCACAAUGACCUUCUCUCAAGUUGGUUUUAAGUUAGUUUUAUGGAUCGGAGAGAGCGUUGCACCCGGUCAUCGCAAAGGUGAGGGUUGAAUUCAAUUCGCGGUCAAGCCUGGAUUUUUCAGGUUCUUUUCAACCGCGAAGGUUGUUUAAUAUUCAACUGCGAGGAUCUUUUCCACUUUCAUAAUAAUAAUCAUGAUAUUUAAUUCAAUGUUCACAUUAUGGUGCAUUUUGUUGCACUUUGUCUUUUUUUAUUUGUAGAAAUGGUUGGCUGAUGGAAGGCAGGAUGGCUUAUCCAAUGCAAAAAGUAGAUGAAGAUUGUGGAAACAGGAUAGGGAUUAUAGGAGGAGACCGCGACAUAAAAAAGACGCGACUUCUUAAUGCCUGGUGUUACACUUACAUCGCUUAA